AACAGAGUCCGCCAAAUUGAACCCCGCAAAUUGACCCCGCCGAAUUCAAAUUCUUCGACGCCCAUGGUUUUCCUCCUAACAGUCAUUUGAUUCGAGACCGCAUUUGAACAUCCACUUGGAAAUCCCAAUCAUGACUACCUUGAAUUCCAUUCUGGCAGGACGAUACCCUGCCAAAGCCCAUGCCCGCCGGGUUGCCGAGCGUCUUCAAGUGGGCGGCUCUGCCCGGCAUGGGAUUAUUUACCUUGAAGCACAGAAAACUCGGCUUAUCGAGGAUAAUGAUGAGGCGAUGCACUUCAGACAACGCCGAUCCUUUUUCUAUUUGUCGGGCUGCCCGCUCCCAGAUUCGUCUCUGAUCUACAACAUUGACUCUGAUAAAUUGACCCUGUUCAUCCCACCAAUUGACCCGGAGGAUGUGAUCUGGUCAGGUCUUCCCAUGUCUGUUGCAGAGGCACUGAGACUCUACGACGUUGACCAAGUGCUAUACACUACCGAUGUGAAUGCCACGUUGGCCUCGAUCGCCUCAAAUGGAAAUGGUAACUCUGUUGCCUUUGUCAUCGAGGGCCAGAUUACAGAAGGAAUCAAAUUCGACGGCUUUCACGAAACCAAUACCUCGGUAUUGAAGGGAGCCAUCGACAGCACGCGUGUGGUCAAAGAUGAGUAUGAGAUCGCGCUCUUGAGAAAGGCAAAUGACAUCUCCGCAAAGGCGCAUAUUGCUGCCAUUGAAGCAUCCAAGACCGCCACCAAUGAGCGUGAGAUCGAGGCGGCUUUCAUCGCAACCUGUAUUGCCAAUGGUGCCCGUGAUCAAGCUUACCAUCCCAUCGUUGCCUGCGGCCAGAACGGAGCCACUCUUCACUAUGGAAGAAAUGAUGACAACUUGGAUGAUCCAGCCACCAAGCAGAGGAAAUCUAGCGUUCUUAUCGAUGCUGGGGCGGAGUACCGAACAUAUUGUGCUGAUAUUACGCGUGUUUUCCCUCUGGGUGGAAAAUUUACCUCGGAAACACAGGAAGUAUACAAAAUUGUGCUACAGAUGCAGUUGGAGGCUAUUGCAAUGUUGAGAGAAAAUGUGCAGUGGGAAGAUGUCCAUGCGCAUGCCCAUCGCAUCGCAAUCAAGGGCUUGCUAAAAUUGGGGAUCCUACGUGGCUCUGAAGACGAAUUGUUCGAGAAGAGGAUUAGCGUCGCCUUCUUCCCCCAUGGCCUAGGCCACUACCUGGGCAUGGACACCCACGAUACUGGUGGUAACCCGAACUAUGCAGAUAAAGACGCCAUGUUCAAGUAUCUACGCGUGAGGGGCCGUUUACCCGCGGGAUCAGUUAUCACUGUUGAACCAGGUAUCUACUUUUGCCGGUUUAUCAUUGAUCCGUACCUUACCUCCCCCGAGACCAGCAAAUUCAUCGAUACGAAUGUCCUUGAGAAGUAUUGGAAUGUUGGAGGAGUACGCAUUGAAGAUAAUGUGCACGUUACUCAGCAGGGUUACGAGAAUCUGACCACAGCGCCAAAAGCUAUAGAAGAAGUGGAGGUUCUAGCCACUUAGGGAUUAUCUGAUGA